AUGCGCGGCCUCGACGUGGACGCCGCCUCGGCCGUGCGGCACCUGGCGGAGCGCUGGGUCUCCCGUGCUGCGGCGGCGCAGCGCGCGGGCCGGGCCGGGCGCACGGGGCCGGGGCGCUGCUUUCGGCUCUUCUCGGCGCAACAUCGUGCCAGCAUCAUGCAGCAGUUGCGACAAUUCUGGAUGGAAGACCAUCUCUGUGACGUUGUGCUGAAGAGCCAUGAUGGCACAGAGCAUCGCGCCCACACAGCCGUGCUAUCUGCCGCCAGUGUGUUUUUCAAGAAACUGCUGGGUGGUUCGUUCCUUGAAGCAGAGAGGGUGCAACAAAAGCAGCCAGUGGAAAUCGCUGCGUCCAAAGCAGCCGUCUCUGCAUUGCUGGACUACAUCUAUGAUGGGCAACCUGAGAUGCCAUUGGAAGUUGGUCUUGAACUCCUGCGACUGGCAGAGGCUUACGACUUGCCAAAGUUAGCAAAGUCGAUUGAAGCAGGCAUCAUUGCCUCCUUGGAUGGCAGUGUCGCUCUGCAAGUUCUGCAAGAAGCGCAGGGUUUUCGUUCUCUGAGAGCUGCCUGCGAAGAGAAGGUGGCUGAAGAUUUUGAUACUUGUAGCCAGCGGCCAGAUUUCGGGAAGCUGACUGCUAGUCAGCUGGCCCGUAUCGUGAAAAGGGAAGAUUUGGGUGUCUCUCGCGAAGAAGCAGUGGUGAAUGCAAUAUUUACUUGGCUCAAGAUCUCCAAGGACAGGCAUGCCUUUCUGGGUAUGUUGUUGCAACAUGUGGAUUUCCAAGCACUGUCUGUUGAGAAUUUGCUUCGUCUUGGCUGUGCAAACCUCUCUGGUCAGAGUGGUGACGACCUCCACAUAGAAGUGGAGGACGCUUUGACCUCCCGAAAAAGAACCCGAAGUCCAGCUGCCUUUCAGUCGAAGAGACGUCGUUUGCAGCACUGGUCACCAUUUUUAGGCGCAAGCACUGCCAGCACUGAAUCUUCAGGGCGGGAAGUGCUGCCUUUGCCAUGCAGCACUUUGCAUUGGCACAAAGGUGAGAUUCUUGCUGCUAGUGAGAGGACCAUUCUUUGUUGGAAGCCUGGUGAACCUGCAGCCAGGGUCAGACGUGUCGCGGGUGAAGGCGCUGCUAUGACUGGAAUCAAUGACUUAGGAUCGGUUUGUCGCGUGUCCAUAUCCCCCACUACUGGUGAGAUGUUCGUGUCGGACUAUGAAAAUGACAGACUCCUGCGUUUUGAAAACGGAUCUGGACACUUGGUGCUGGCAGACAUUUGUACCCACGCCAUGCUUUACUCGCCCAACGGAGUGCUGUAUAUGCUGAACCAGCGUGGGAGAACAGUGCAAAAGCUGGUGGGUUCGACCCUUCAAACAGUGCUCGCCUCCGAAAGUCUUCCAGCAGACCUGCAGUUCGAAGCCCGCAGGAUGUUCGUAACCAAGGAAGAAGUGAUCUAUAUUUCGGAUAAUCGGAAGCGGAACAAUCGCAUUCUACGUAUCAAUCCAGCUGACCCGCUGCAACCCAUCGUUGUGGGACGAAUCCCAACCGACAGCAGGCCAAAUCUACAGGACCUGUUCGUAACUGAAGGUGGAACAAUCUAUGUUGCUGACGCGGGUCAAAGGAAGGUAUGGGCCUUCCACCCAGGUGGCGCAACUUUCACAGAAGUCUUGCAGACUCCACAUCCGUUUUUCCCUGUGGCACUGCUCUUUGGCGAAAUGGAGCGCUUUACGGUGCCAGAAGUGCACCGUGCGGCGCUGGAAGGCUCACUGCUGCAGGUCAUGGCUUUGGGCAUUCCCAUCCACAGGUUCCGCCUCCCCGAUGCCCCGCGCUGGGACGCUGUGGCGGCGGCCCUGCAGCGGCUGCUGCUGAUGCGUGCCGUGCUGGCGCUGGAGCGGGUGGAUUCAGGGAUUGCUGCCCAGUUUCAAGUGAUCGGAGACUUAGCUUGCCACGAGCGGCCCGACGAUGCGGUGCUGGUGGAAGAUGCGCUGUAUAUGCAGAGUAGCUUGUCCGCGAUCCUGGGAAUGGUCAUGAAGAUCCAGGAAGACCUGAAAGAGCUGGGAGAUGCCACAGAGGGAGGAUCUCCAAGACAGGACGUGAGGGGUGUCUUAGAUGUGCUCGUGGAGUGGAAGGAUCUGUCCGAUGGUGACGUCUAUCACAUGUUCGCAGUAGUUCGUGGCUGUGCUUCCGCCGUGGCCACUACACAAGGCCUUUGGGUGGUAGCUUGUGGAAGGAUCAGGCAGCUGCUGGAGGAGUACCUGUCAAUGAUGCGCUCAGUGUAUGGAGACAUGGAUCAUAGAAGAAUGGCUGCCACACUUCGUGCCUUAGGCCAGGUGAGUCUAUUGGCUGGAGAUUUAGAUCACGCGAAGCAGAACCUAGAAGAAUCUUUGGACAUGAAGCGCUCUUUGAAUAAGGAGGACAGGGCGGAUCCUGAUAUUGCUGCAGUGCUGGGUGAGUUGGGCCAGGCGAGUCUACUGGCUAAAGAUUUUGCGCCAGCAAAGCAAUAUCUGCAGGAAUCACUGGAGAUGAAGUGCUCGUUGUAUGGGGUUGGAACUUGUCCUGAAACUGCUGCGACGCUCCAAAUUUUGGGUCAAGCGAGCCUGCAGUCUGGAGACCUAGAUGAGGCAAAGCAGCAUUUGGAAGCGUGCUUGCAGAUGUUGCGCUCUUUGCAUGGGAAAGACGAUCGCACUGAUAUUGCCGCGACCCUGCAUGCAUUGGGUGUGGUGGCUCGACAGCUUGGAGAUUUGGAACAUGCGAAGCAGCAUCUGGAGGAGUGCCUCCGGAUGACGCGUUGCUUGUGCGGAGAUGAGGACAGCUCUGGUAUUGCCUUGACCCUGCGUGAGCUAGGUGAGGUGAGCCAACAGGCCGGGGACACAACAGCAGCGAAAGAGUACUUGGACGAGUCCCUCCGAAUUAUGCGCUCUUUGGCCAGCCCCGACAGUGCGGUUUCUGAUGUUUCUGGCAGAUCUGGCGGGUCGACGAUAUCUGGUUCGGAGAAUGAAGAUGGAGAUCUGGUCAUCAAGCAGUCGAAACACCCACAGGUAUCCUUGCGACGAUUACGAUCAUUGUGCGCAGAGAGAGAUCCGUCUGAAACUGCUGUGGCACUGCGAUCCCUAGGUGUGGUGGGUCGUAAAGCUGGAGAUCUCGAUCACGCAAGGCAGCACUUAGAGGAGUCCUUGCAAAUGUUUCACUCCCUAUAUGGGGAUGGGGAUCACUCUGACAUUGCUGAGACUUUGCGUGAACUUGGCGAGGUGGAACGGCAGGGGGGAGAUUUUGAUUCAGCAAAGCGACACCUGGAGAUGUCGGUGCGAAUGUAUCGCGCAUUGUAUGGCGACAGUGGUCAUCCGGAAUUUGCUCUGACACUGCGUUCGUUGGGGGUUGUCAGCCGAAAGGUCCGAGAUUUCGACUCAGCAAUGCGGCACUUGCAGGUGUCCUUCCAUAUGUUUCGCUCUUGGUAUGGGGAUGGGGAUCACUCCGACAUUGCUGCGACUCUACGUGAAAUAGGGGAGCUUAGUCGACAGGCACGAGAUUUCGAGUCAUCAAAGCGGCACUUGGAGGAGUCCUUGCGAAUGUAUCGCCAGUUGUAUGGCGACAGCAGCGAUCCCGAAUUUGCUGAAACACUUUAUGUUUUAGGCCUGGUGACUUUGAAAGUUGGAGAUGCCCACCAAGGGAAAGAGCACCUUGAGGAGUCCCUACGAAUGAAGCGUUCGUUGUACGGAGACCAACAUUGCCCCGAGAUUGCUGCAGCUCUGCAUGAGUUAGGCCUUCUGAGUCGACGUUUGGGGAAUAUGACCCAAGCCAAACAGCACCUGGAGGAGGCCUUGCAGAUGAUUCGUUCCUUGCAUGGGGAUAGAGACCACCCUGACAUUGCCGCGACUCUGUACGCAUUAGGUGUUGUCAGUGGGCAGACUGCAGAUUUCGAUCAAGCAACGCUGCACCUGGAGGAGUGCUUGCAAAUGAAGCAGUCCAUGCAUUGGGAGGCGGACCACCCUGGCAUUGCGAAGACACUACACGCGUUGGGUGUUGUGAAUGCACUGGCUGGAGAUUUCAAUCAAGCAAAGCUACACCUGCAGGCGUGUUUGCAAAUGAAGCUUGCCUUGCAUGGUGACAGGCAUCACCCUGGCAUUGCUGCAACACUGCAUGAUUUAGGCCAGCUGAACCGACAGAUUGGGGAAUUUCAGGAAGCCCAGCGUUUGCUGAAGGAAUCCUUGGAGAUGAAUCGUUGCCUUCGCGGGGAUGCUGGAGAUCAUCCGGACAUCGCUGCCACGUGCCACGCUUUAGGUAUGGCGAAGCAGCGGAGAGAAAUGCAGCUGAACGAGUCCAGGCGAAUGAUCGAGGCACUGCAUGCGGACAUGAAUCAUCCCGACUUGUAA